AUGACCUACACUGAAGAGGACCUCAACCGCGACAUGACCGUCAUCACCGAGCUCGGGGCAGACAAAGAACCUGAGGACAUCUACAUGAAGAUCCAAUGGGAAAUGGCUAGAGUACACAAGCUGAUCGUCCGCCAUUGGAUACAGAUCCACAAGCAAUUCAAUACCUCCGCACCUAUAGACGAUGCUGAGAAUUAUUUCGGGUAUGCUGGCCACUGGGUUCAUCAUCACCACUCGUUCGAAGAAGAAAUCUCAUUUCCCAGAUGGGCUCCCAACCUCAGCACGACGACAGAGCAGUCACAGCACAAGGAGCUCAUGACUGAACUCUACCGCUUCCAGGAGUACAUCGCAGCUGUCACUGCAAAGUCGGAGCCGUGGUCUGCGACAAAAGCCGAAGCGCACGCUCAGGCAUUGCUUCCGCCGUUGAUGAGCCACCUCGUCGGCGAGCUGCACACUCUCGACCCUGAUGCGCUCCGUCGCAGCGGGCUCACAGCGGAGGCCCUGACCGACAUUUCGGACGCGGUUAUCAAAGCGACCCAGACGUCGCUCGAUAUGCACAAAGACAUCCCGGCAUUGCUCCUGCACAAUGAUGGCGACCUCGACUGGCCGACGACUACGUGGCAGAGGACCGCAGAGUUCACAAUGCCGCCUGAGCUGUACAAACCAUAUGCGGAGUGCGUGUUCCUCCGCUACAUCUGCUAUUGGUAA